AUGAGGAUUGUUGAAGAUGUCCAAGGACAGGACAGUUAUUUCAUCCAAAAGGCCAAUGCUUUAGGCAAACCUGAAUUGAGGCCGAUUCAAAAAGUCACCUCCGCUGUUCGAAUGCUUGCGUACGGGGGGGCUUCCGACUUGAAUGACGAAUACCUGCGUCUUGGGGAAUCAACUUCGAACAAACAAUCUCAAGCGGCUACUUGCAAUUGGGAAUAA